UGCAGAGGCUCAGAUGUGUCACAGGAGGGGUUUGGCUCUACAGAAGAAAUUAAUGAGGCAGCACGGAAUACCCAACGGAUCUCCUCCGCUUUAUCCAGUCUUCUCAUAUCACAAGACGAGGAAAACAAAGCUGCCAUUCCAGGGACAGUUUACGAUUCUUUCCAAAAAAUAUUUUUUUUAGGUUUACUGAUUAUUGUUUUGGAUCUGUCGGUCGGGAUCAUGAACAGAAAGGAUUUUUUAUACCUGGUGGUCAUCCUUGGCCUGACUGCGGCUCUGGGAAGUGGACAGAUGCUCGGCGUCAUGAUCUCCCCUGCAAGUUAUCAUGUCUGUGAACGGACAGUGACUCUAAACAUCUCCAAGAUGGUCCCUUUCCAGAAGCCACAUGUUGAGAAAUCUAUGUGUAUGGGAUGGAUUCCGUGGAAGUUGUGUUCCAAGACUUAUUACGUGACGGAGUACAGGACAAUAUGGGUGGCUGACACUAUGACCAUUAAUGAGUGCUGCGAAGGGUACGAGCUUGUGGGUCAUUACUGCGCCAUAUCUGCAAAAAGUCAGAAUUUAUCCACCUCCAGGCCUGGCACAUGCCCUGCGAAAAGAGAUGAGGGGGUCCCGUGUCCGGAGUGCGCAGCGGAUCAUGACUGUCCCGGAUUCCAGAAAUGUUGUGAGACUUCCGCUGGAUCUUUUUGUGCGUCUCCUGAACCUCCAGCUCUGGAUCGGAACACAAUCAAAUUUUGGUACAAUGGAACCAUCACUAUAAAAAUGAAAUAUUUUGAACUGGUACAGCUGGACCCGGGCUAUGCUAAUCACACGAGAUUACUGCAUUCAAUGAUCACUGGAGAAUUGUGGCCGUUAGAAGCAGCCGUGUACCAUAUCUCCACGCAGCCUACUGGGCUUGUCACCAUUGUAUCUCGCAUCCUUAUUGGCAUAAAUGAAUCAGUAACCCUGCAGGACAUCGCAACGUCACUCAACAAUAUUGCGAUUCGUCUACCAGAAGUGCUCAACAUUCAGAUAGAUGAUCUGGAUGAAUGUCUCCACCGUGAGCUCGGUGCUUGCCCACCAUCCCAUGAUUGUAUCAAUACAGAGGGUUCCUACAGCUGCAAGCCAAAGUCUGCCCAUCCAACUCCACCGGGACCAGGUAUCAAUGUAGGGCCAAGUCAGUUCUACCCCAAUGGAUCUACGAACCACAGUGCUGUUUUGCCUCAUAGAACUCCUUCUCCCUGUUGUAUCAAUGUAGGGCCAAGUCCAUUCCACCCCAAUGGAUCUACGAACCACAGUGAUGAAUUGCCUCCUAGAACUCCUCCUCCCUGUUACUGCUCCACUUUUCUCAAUCACAGCAUCAGUAAUGUAACUACUAGUGGAUUUCACAUUAGGUGGAGUACUGACUGUCCUGACAACCACAUUUAUAACAUACAGAUAACAUCUUCAAAGGAAAUUCACAGGAAUGACAAUGUAUCCGAGACAUCUCUGAAUAUAAGUGGCCUGAAUUAUGGGGAACUAUACACUGUGCUGGUCACAUUCCACACCUGUUCUGGAGAGACACAGUCAUGGGAGGAGAAAGUGAAAACAGAGGGACAAAUAAUGAACGGAACUCUGAAGAUCCAAAACUGGAACCUCACGGAACCCCUGCAGAAUCCGAAUUCUUCAGAGUAUGCAGAGUUUGUGAAGACAUUCACCUCGGAGGUGAAGCGGUCCCUGUCCGGUCACAUCCCCCCAGAGCAGAUAUCGGUACAAAUCCUGUCCCUGAGUCCCGGGAGCAUCGUUACCAAUUUCCUAAUCAUCAUCAAUGGCACAGAGAAUUAUAUCAAUGUCACAUCGUCCUCCUUGUCCGCCAUCAACCAGAGCUCCGUGUUUAAGGUCGAUCCGCAGUCUAUUAGAAUUACAGAGUUCAAUGAAUGCCAAUCAUCUCUGGAUAAUGACUGCGAUGUCCAUGCAUACUGUAAAGAUCUACAGACCUCAUUCACCUGUGAUUGUCAUCCAACGUACAUCGAUCGAGAUCCCAGCAGGCCUGGAAGGAUAUGUGAAAGUACAGCAGUAGGAAGUGGUUUGUUGACAACAUCCAUGGCAAGCCCAGAUUUCACUGACAAAACAUCUUCUACAACUUCCAUAGAUACUUCUCCUCCAACCACCUCCUUAACUGCCACCACCACCCAACCUGCCACUGAGCUACCUCAACCAACGACUCCAACCGAUCACAUGACCUCCCCCGUUCCUGCCUCCGAAAUUCCCAAGAUCGGGCAGCUUGGAUCAAGCACACCUCCAACAGUAACUACAGAGCCAGCUCUGACUGAAACAAGGAACACCGUGUCUCCGGAUCCGAUAGUCCCAACAAAAGAUCCAAUGGUGACAACCAUACACGCCAGUACCGGGACCCUCACAGAGUCUACCCAUUCUAGCACUAUCAGUCAUCAGAAUUCGAUGAAGGUGAACGCCACAAAGUAUCCGGAUCACACCGCAGUUAAUUCAACCAACAGUGACAAGGGAUAUGCCACACUGGCAUCAACCGCGCACCCAAAGACUGAUCCAUCGAUGAGUUCCCCCACCGCCAACAAGGAAUUCAUCCCCAUGUCCUCCACAACUGCCAAACUCACCACAGCCCAGGACCUUGUGUGCCCCGCCUCUCUCAUGUCUAAUAAUCCACAUACUGAAUCCACCAGUACGCCCCUUGCGACCUUUCAGGGUACAACCACACCUCAUGCCCCCAGCUUGACUCUAAAAGAUGCUAGUAAAGUGAUUUGUGAGACGGGGAGGAUCGGUAUCUCCAUUGAGAAGGCCUUUCUUAACAUGAUGUCUAUCUCCAGCCAUUCUCUGUUUCUUGGAAGCCCUGAGUGCUCGGUGAACUGCAGUACGGGUACCCACGUCCUCAUACAAGCUGGCUGGAACAACUGCAACACGGAUGUGUUCAAUAAUAAGACUCACACCGUUGUAAACUCAACCCUAUACAUUGACUUAUCUGCAACAAUGCCAAACAUUACCCCAAGGGCGGUCAGCUUAAUCCGAUGCGUCUUCCAGAAUAACAUCCUAUGGUCCAGUGGAUACAAUCCUGCUGGAGGGUUUUACACCAUCAUCGAGAAGCUAGAAGGAGGAGGAUCGUUCUUUCCAGAAUUCCAACUGUUCAUUGGCGAUCAACCAAUCCCGGCAAACUUCACGAUGUCCGCCACAGAUGACAUAACGGUUCGGAUAUGGAUCAGGACAGAGGAGGACCAGUUCAAAGUUGUCAUCAAUGAAUGCUGGGCAACACCAACAGAACAUGCCUACGAUCCUGUGUCUUUCCCCUUCAUCAAAGACAGCUGUGCCUUGGCGAACACUUUCACCACCAUCCAAACGAAUGGCGUCUCCAGCAAUGCUACCUUCCAAACAAAGAUCUUCUCCUUCGUCAACAAUCCCAUCGUAUACCUGCACUGCCGGCUGUCUGUGUGUCGGGAGGUGACGCCUAAUGCCUGCAAACCGUCAUGUAGUAGUUCCAGAGCGUCUGUGCGGAGCGGUGAAAAUGUCUUCACGGGAGUCACACGGAUGGGACCCCUGCAUUUGAACAGCCGAAACAACAAUGGAGACACGCCAGCUAAUGCCGCACUCGGCCCCGGUUACAUCAUCCUUAUUGCCGUCGGCGUCCUUGCUGUGAUCUCCAUCAUCACCGCCAUCCUGGUCUGCUGGUAUCAACGAAGAACUGGCAACUACAACUUCAAGAUGAAGACCCGGGAUGUCGGCUACCAAGUCUUUUCCAACUAGAGGCUGCGGGUCUUGUUAUUUCACAAUAACUAUUGUAAUAAUUUGGAGACAUUAAAGUGUUACUAAAUCCA